AAGAAUACGUCAUGGAUCUCGUCAUUUGGAAGAUAUUUAAUGUGUAAUUCAGAAUAAUUGAUAUUUUUAAUUUUCCAGAGCGACUAGAAACUAUCGCAUAAAAAUGUAGAUGUAUUGAAACAUUUCUCUCAUCCCUAAACAGCAGGCCAGGUGAAAUCAGAAUCAGGAGAUAUUUAUUAUAUUGUGCCGGCUCUGCAUGGAAAUGUGUGUGUGAAAAUUCAAAUCUAUUCUUACCGAAAAUCAAUCUAAUAUCUCCGAGGCUCCCGAAACCUGGAUAACAGCACUCGCGGCUCGACUACUGAACGCCUAUUCGAAUCGCUUGAGACUCGAUUUCUGGUGAAGAUCUGCAAGGAAUUGGCGUAAUCAUGGCCACUGUAGCCCUCAUCACACGGCAGCGUAUGUUUGCCAGCUCGCUGCGCCUCUUCAGUGGCCGUCACACGCAUUGCCUGGCGGCUUUGCCGAGGAUUGCCACUGCGAGUCCACCAUCUUCGAUAGUUGGCAGUGGCUUCUCCUCGGUGGGUACUACCGAUCAGCGUGGCUUACUGCUGCCGCUCCAGCUGCAGCGCCACAACCACAAAUCGUCAGCCACAACCACCACAAGCACCACCACCAGUCACUCAACGGAUGAGGAGAAGAAUGCGAAAGCUACCGCUACCUCGUCCACCGAUCUCUUUGGGGAGGCGGCAAACAUGUCACUGAUGUCCAAGUUCAAGCACAUGUACAAGAAAUACUGGUACGUGCUCAUUCCGGUGCACGUAGUCACAUCGCUGGGCUGGUUCGGAGGCUUCUACUAUCUGUCCAAGAGCGGCGUUGAUGUCCCAGCGUUGCUGCAGUAUUUGCAUCUCAGCGAGAACAUAAUCCAAAAAGUGCAGAGCUCUCAUAUGGGUCACUAUGCCAUUGCAUAUCUGUGCUACAAGGUGGCCACGCCAUUGCGCUAUGCCCUCACUUUGGGAUGUACCACUAUUUCUAUUAAACACCUGGUAUUGCACGGCUAUAUUAAGCCCAUGCCCACCAAGGAUCAACUGAUCAAGAUGUACGAGGACAAGAAGGCGAUCCGGGCCAGCGCCAAGGCGGACAAGGCCGAGAAGGAUGAGACUAAAUGAUCUUUGGCCGCGGGCCGCGACGGCAACGCCGGCCCGCUUGUGUCGUUGCCGUUGCCACUGUCACACCAACAUCCUAAGCCGUCGCCACGGAUCGGGGAUCAGCAGCAGCAUCCGCGACAGACGGCCGCCAGCCAGCGGCGUGCUGCAGUUGACCUGUUGUCUUUUUUGUUAAACUGCCGCCGCAGCUGCUGGCACUGGUGCUCAACGAACUUAACUCUUGUCCGAAACCACAGUCGUCGCUCACAGAAGCCGCCGCCGUCGUCGUCGCCACAAUGAGGCCACCAGCAAUCACAUAGUACAUACCAUACCCAAUCCCAUGCCCACGCCCACCCAUUCCCUAGUUCGAGACACAUCUUUAGUUGUGGGAGGUCGUGGGAAGACCCUGUCCCCCAAAAGAAACCAUAAUAACACGGAGAGUCACACACAUACAUACACAGAGCCGCAGGACCUGGAGUUCAGUUAGUCGUUAUUUAUAUAGAUAUAUUUUGUAAAGUGUGAGAAAGUUGUCGCAAAACAAUAAUAACUUAACUUUUAUUAAAUUUAAAUUAAAAAAAGGCCCCAACAGGGAGCCACAAAUUGUUGA